AUGAGCAAGAAAAAUUGUACUUAUAAAAAAGCGCUUAUAUUAUAUGCCAAUGAAAAUAACGAUCCUGAAAUAUCAGUACCCAAUAAAAAUGAUAUGCUAGAAGAAGUAUUGUCUAGCCAAGAAAGUAUAGUAGGUGAAACAUGUAUAACACAACAUGAAAGAGGAGUAGAUCUAUUUGUAAAUGAAGAAAGUAAAACCUAUGACACUCUGGAGGAGAAUGCUUUUCAAUCAAAUGAAAAUAAUACACAAUAUAGAAAGAAGAAGAAAAACAACAAAAAUAAGAAAACACAAAAACAACAAAAUGUAGUAAAUCAUAUCGAAGAAAGUGAAAAUCAAGAAAUAGAAAAGAACAGCGAGGAUAAGAAUAAAAGUAGGAGUGAAACAAAAAAUAAAAAUAAUUUUGUAACCCUAAUAACAAAACUUAAAGAUAUUGUAUUAUCUGAUAUCACCUUCGUCACAUCUGAUAUUGCAGUUUAUUUUAAGUGGGAAACUACAAAUGAAAAUUUGGGUAGUGAUCAUUUAAUCAUUAAGUUCACCUUGGAAUUUCAAAGUAAUGUAACGUUUACUAAAUGUCGAAAUUACAAAUUUGCAAAUUGGCAAGAAUAUCAAAAUUUAUUGAAAAAUAGUCUUGGUUACCCCACUGAAUAUAACAACGUUCAAGAAAUGUAUGAUUAUUUUAUAGACGAAAAAAACAAAGCCGGAGAUCAAAGUAUACCUUUUAAAAAAAUAUGUACUAAUCCUAGUCAGGUAUUUCAACCAAAAACAUAUUGGGAUUCUUCAUUGUCUCGAGCUAUAGCAGAACGACGUUUGGCUUUAAAAAAAUUUCGACGUAAUCCUAUCCCUAACAAUUUUGAUAAACUUACAUCAAAAAUAGCAGAUGCUCAACGAUUAACUCGACGUGCUAGAACUAAUGAUUGGCAAGGUUUUUGUACACAAAUCGAUGAAGUUACGGACAUUCCUACUAUGUGGAACAAAAUGUGUUGGAUGAAAGGAGUAAAACCGAAGUAUUCUCAAAUAACUGAAAGUAUGAAAAAAGACCUUUUACAUUCUCUGACCCCAGAUUAUGCAGAAUACCCGCAACCUACACUUCAUUCGGACAAUGAAGCAUUGCAGCAGGAUUUUUCAUUAGAAGAAUUACAAAAUUGUCUCAAGAAAAAGGAUACUGCUCCAGGGGAUGAUAAUAUUACUUACAGUAUGAUAUACAACUUACCCAAUGAAGGUAAAUCAUUUUUGCUUCGAAUGUAUAACCUAAUAUUUAGUCAAUCUCGUGUUCCCGAACAGUGGCGUAGUAUUAAAAUAGUACCUAUACCAAAACAUAACACCAAUUCUAAUAAUUCUCCAAAGUUGAGACCUAUUUCUCUAAUUUCAUGCAUAUGUAAAAUAUAUCAUAUAAUGUUGAAAAGAAGAUUGGAGUAUUUUAUAGAACAGAAGAAGGUGAUAUCAUCAUCAACUAUCGGUUUUCGAAAGGGACAAUCAUGUGUGGACUGUUUGUUUUUGGUCACGCAAGAUAUUGCGGUAUCUGAUAUAAUAAAGAAAUUCAAACGCUACCGAAGCGAGAUGUCGCUCGUGGCUUUA